CAAUACUCCAUCAUCCAUCCAUCCAUCCAUCCAUCCAUCCUCCUCCUCCCCAAUCUUCAACUAAACUAAACUCAUCUUGUCCCGGCCUGACUUUCCCCGUUAUUCACUAAACAAUGCUUAACUUGCUCCAUUUGCCCCGACUAGCUGCUAUCGUGGGUCUUUGACCUACAGCAGUUCCGCUCUGGCCCUGCGCCUUUUUCUCUCUCUGCCCCCCUUCUUCUCCCCUCGUCGUCACCGAUCGGCAGGCAACCGCAGAUUCCCAUUCCAACCCUCACUCCCCCCCCCCUCAUCCUUUCUUCCCCUCCUCCUGCCUUGUUGUCUCUUGGAUCUUCUAGAUUACCUCCGAAUUUCUUGACAUCUUGACUGACGAUCACCCCCUCUGAUCCGUUUACUUUCCUUUGACGGAGCGAGCUCCGUGCGGUCACACCGCAGGAUGUUUUACUCCACCUUGCGAUGGGCGAAUACCGUCACCUCGCGCAUUCCCUGGGUGAAGAAUUUGCGCCUGAACUAUAUUCUCAUCCAUUAUAUGUACAUCUUCGCUACAAUAAUCCUCACCUCGGUCAUCAUCUACCCCGGUACCAGUCUCGCCUACAUCGAUGCCAUCUUUCUCUCCACUAGUGCAUCUACCCAGAGCGGCCUCAACACUGUCGACCUGAAUACUCUGUACACCUACCAGCAGGUAUUCUUGUACGUGGCGUCUAUGCUGACUACCCCCAUCUUUAUCAACACCGUCCUCGUCUUUGUCCGGCUUUACUGGUUCGAAAAACGCUUCCAGCACGUCGUCCGCGAUGCUCGAGCCCUUCGCUACACUCGCUCUCGCCAACGCACUGUGACUGACGACAAGAAUGGGGCGAGCUAUGAUCGAGAGGAAGCGGGCGUGGGAAACCGGCCUAUCGUGGUGCUGCGGAAUACGUUAGGUCGGGUCCGUUCGCGAGGUCACAGUAUCAAGUCUCCCGAGGAGAACAGUUCGCCACCGGAAUCGCCAACCACUCGACGAAAUGUUGAGAACAAUGCGGAAGAUGCAGAGGCGACAUUCGCGCGGAAGCUAGCGUUUGGGCUGGGAAAUGGGGUGGGGAGUCUGCGCGUGCCCGCGCAACUCAGUCCCGAACACCACAUCGCAUUCUUGGAAAACCAGCGGAGGAAUAAAGGAGCCUUGCGGAUCCCCAGUCCUCGGGAGUAUGAUCGGGGUGGUGUGCCGCAGGUGCUGGAAGAAGACGAGAAUGUGGAAGCCCCCGCUAAACCCACGGCGAACGACUCCAACGAAGAACGGAGUCCGGGUGAUACCAGGGAUGGAUCCGAGGAGGAUGAAGAGGAGGGCAGGAACAAGGAUGGGGACGAGGAAGAUGAUGCUCGGUCCCGCCGGAUGGACGGUCCUCAUAUCACGAUCAACGAGCCCGAGAUGUUUCGCACGCGGACGAGGAACGAGACUUUUCCCCGCAUGGACUCGCGCCCGACAUUCAAGGAGACGAAGGAAGAUCCGGAUAUUUCACCACUAGCCAGAUCUACAACACGGCGACCCACGUUCAGCAGUGUCUUCCGAUCCCUCACACAGGAGCGGGAGCGGCCUACGCAGCCUUAUCUGAGUUGGAAUGCGACUGUCGCUCGUAAUUCCAACUUCGUCGAUUUGACUGAGGAACAACGAGACGAGUUGGGUGGUAUCGAAUACCGUGCACUGAAGACCUUGGCGGUAGUGCUAAUCUCCUACUAUGUGCUGUUCCACCUUUUGGGCAUAAUUUGCAUGGUCCCAUGGAUCAUGACUACUCACUGGGGAUCGGUGGUCGAGCAGGAUGGCCAGGGCCGUCCUUGGUGGGCCAUCUUCGUGGCCCAGUCGGCCUUUAACGAUGUGGGCUUCACUCUUACCCCAGACUCGAUGGCAUCCUUCCAAGGGGCCAUCUUCCCACUGUUACUUCUGGGCUUUCUGGUUGUCAUCGGAAACACCGGGUUUCCGUGUAUGCUGCGGUUCAUCAUCUGGGUCUCGUCCAAGGUCGUCCGUGCGGAAACACCCUUGUGGGAAGAAUUGCGCUUUCUCCUCGAUCAUCCCCGGCGAUGCUUCACCCUCCUCUUUCCCCGGAAUGCUACUUGGUGGCUCUUUGCGAUUUUGGUGCUGCUGAACGGAAUCGACCUGGUCUUCUUCAUCAUUCUUGAUCUGAACGACUCGACUGUUACGUCCUUGUCGCCAGGUCUUCGGAUCCUUGAUGGUCUAUUCCAGGCAAUCUGCACGCGUACCGCUGGUUUUACGGUUGUUUCGAUCUCCGACCUGCACCCCGCGGUACAGGUGUCGUACAUGAUCAUGAUGUAUAUAUCCGUGUUUCCAAUCGCCAUCUCCCUGCGACGCACCAACGUCUACGAGGAGAAGAGUCUAGGGAUUUAUGGCAAUGGGGACGAAGAUGAGAGUGAUGAUACCCAGCAGACGGCACCCAGCUACAUCGGUGCUCACUUGCGGAAGCAGCUGAGUUUCGACCUGUGGUAUGUAUUCCUGGGGCUUUUCAUAAUCACCAUCGUCGAAGGCGGGCGCCUCGAGGCGCAGGAUGACUACUCGUUUCAAAUCUGGUCAGUGCUGUUUGAGGUUGUGUCCGCGUACGGCACUGUGGGCAUGUCCUUGGGAUAUCCCGGGAUCAACGCCUCUUUCUCCGCCGAAUUUCACGUGCUUUCCAAACUGGUCAUUAUGGCCAUGCAAAUCCGCGGCCGGCACAGAGGUCUGCCGUACGCGUUGGACCGCGCCAUUUUGCUACCUUCGGAAUCGCUUAACCAGAACGAAAUCGCCGACGCGGAGAAGCGUAUGCGUCGCCGUGCCUCGAGUCUCAGCCAGAUGUCAAUCGACCGUGACCGCGAUCAAACCCAGCCACGGAAUCCGCCGGAGCAGAGCGCCACCACGGGCCAUGAUCCCCGGGAUCAUUACCCUCGGCACUCGAUGCAGGGCGACGGAAUCAUCCGCCGACACUCAACUCUGCGUUCCCAGCGAUCUCAGCGUGUCUAAACCAUUAUCUCUAAACCAUUAUAUAUCGAUGAAAACUUAUCAUCUGUUCCAAGAUAUUGUUGGUCCUUAUUGAAAGCGAUGUGAGCAGGAUCCAGCAGUCUUUCUAUCGAGCGUCAUUCUUAGCGUGUCACUUUUCUUUGUAAGAGAGCGUGUCGAACUUUUCGACUUCUUAAUUUAUACUCCAUGUCGUUUACGGUGUUCCUAAAGCAAAUGGCGGGGUUUGUACAUAACAACUAUACGUACACACGAUUUCGCUGGGAUUGGUGGGAGGGAUUGGGCACAGCAGGCUGUGUUUUGAAGACUCCAACCUGUUUGCAUCGUUUCCUUUCUGGAUGGACAUAUCUAUGAAGCAAUGGGAGGUAUAUACACCUACCUACCCUUUUGGUCUUUCUAAACAAGAAAAGAAAGGAAGAAAGCCAGUCCAAUCAAUAUUCCUGCAUCAAU